UUUGAAAGGCAGUGCCGCUUUUCUUUCUCGGGAGAUUGGCAACGCAUUGUACCAGGUAAACAGACUAAAUGGAACCAAACCGUGGUGAAACAAAGACAACCUCCCAUCUCCAAUGAAUCGACAACAAUUCAACACUACAACCAGACACUUUGAAACUGAUCUGCCUCAAUAAAACAUUAUAACUGUAUACUAUACACGUAAUAUCUAUCUAUCUAUCUAUCUAUCUAUCUAUCUAUCUAUCUAUCUAUCUAUCUGUCUGUCUGUCUGUCUGUCUGCCUAUCUCUCUCCCUCCUAAAUCUCGCUGAUAUCUACAGCCUCUCUGCUCUUCAAAAUAUGUUACUGUCUUUGCUGACUACUGCAGCACCGCUUAGUUCACACCGCCACAGAUCAAGGAACAGGGUAGUAAUUAGAGGAACUGUGUAGGCCUAUUGAAGUAUUUAAGAAACUGAAAACUUUUGCAAACUCUGAUGUGCGUUGUUAGUUGGACGCACCGCAGUCGUGUUGAGAAGGGCGGUCUGAGGCAAACCUUUCUCGUGUAAACCUGUCUGUGCCGCGGUGCGUAUUCCAGCCUGAGCGGCGGUGUGUCUUCAUUGCGGGUCAUCGUCAUUACACUACAGCAGAUCAGUGACAGAACCUCCCCGGGGAGGUUAUGACAAGAGCGAUACCCGUGGACACAGCGGGGCUACCCAAACACACUCACACAAGACAGCGAGCUCCACAAUGGUGAUAUGAAAACUUGUGCUGGCAUGCAAGAGGAACUGUUUUUGGAAAUGUUUUCCAGAACGCACUGUAGAAUCUGCAUUUUUGUUGUUAUCGAACAUUUCAAUCAGUUUGUUUUUAGUUUUCUGUACUGCAGAAUAGUAUCAGGGCAGCAGAUAACGACUCUUCUUGACGGCAGUUGGGGAAGGUGAAAGAUUUAGAAGACAACAACACAAACAUCGGUUAUCGCAGUCUGUCUCUCCUCGCCUACACCAUUUCAUCAAAACACUAUUUGUUGUUGUUUAUCUUUCUAAAUGAACACAUCUUGACAGUGGAUUGUCUACUGGAUUAAUCAAACCAGACCCAAGUUUUUGGAGGAAACUUUUUUUUUUCUGGAAUGGCUUAAGUCACGAUUUCACGUUAGCGAGCAGUGUUGGCUGUUUUUACGAAAGCGUGUGGAUUAGAGCGGCGCGGAACGCGCAAAGGACUCGCUGCUCGUUCCUGCGCCCAGGUCGCUAUGGGAAGCUAUUGGUGCUGCCGAAGUUGUUGCCGGGCUUGCGGGUGCUUUCUUACCGAGGAGGAGAAAGCGGACGCCGCUAUAAACAAGGAAAUCAACAAAAUACUCCAACAGCAAAAAACGAAAGAGAAAACCGAAAUGAAGCUGCUUCUCUUGGGGACUGGCGAGAGUGGAAAGACCACCUUCAUCAAGCAGAUGAGGAUCAUCCACGGAGCCGGCUACUCUGAGGAGGAGCUACGAGCCUUCACCAAACUGGUGUACCAGAACAUCUUCACUUCCAUGCAGGCCAUGCUGAGAGCCAUGCACGCCCUGAAGAUCCCCUUCGGGCUCCCCGACAGCCAGAGGAACAGCAGGCUGGUGUUGGAGGUGGACACUCUGCAGGUCACGACGCUCGACCAGCAGCUCGUGGGGGUCAUCAGGAGCCUGUGGAGUGACCCGGGGGUGAGACAGAGCUACAGUCGACGGAGGGGGUACCAGCUGCUCGAUUCCACCUCCUACUUCAUGGAUAACCUGGAGCGCAUAGCCGCUGUGGACUACAUCCCCACUGAGCAGGACGUGUUGAGAGUGAGAGUGCCCACCACAGGGAUCAAUGAGUACGCCUUCACAAUCAACACGGUAUUCCUCAGGAUCGUGGACGUGGGGGGGCAGAAGUCCGAGAGGCGGAAGUGGAUCCACUGCUUCGAGAACGUGACGUCACUGAUGUUCCUGGCCUCGCUCAGCGAGUAUGACCAGGUCCUGGAGGAGAACGAGAGCGAUAACCGCAUGGAGGAGAGCAAAGCCCUGUUCUACACCACCAUCCACUCCCGAUGGUUCAUCAAAUCCUCCGUCAUCCUCUUCCUCAACAAGAUGGACAUCCUGGGGGAGAAGAUCAUCACCUCCCACCUCGUUGACUACUUCCCCCAGUUCAAAGGCAGGAAGCAGGACGCGAGAGCGGCCAUGGAGUUCAUCAUGCACAUGUACAUGACCGAGGCGGAGAGGAAGGAGAAAGAUAAACACGAUGGCAGAAGCAGCAAGAAGACGAUGUACCCCCACUUCACCUGCGCCACUGACACGAACAACAUCCGCCAUGUGUUCUCCGCCAUCAGAGAUACCAUCCUCCUCAACACGCUCAAGGAGUUCUCUUUGCUGUGAGCGUAAAGCAGCCAAGGGAUAGUGACAAGCCAGGCAGGGAGGCAGGGAUGCAGGCAAGGCAAGGUACUUUUGGAAGUGUGCAACCGCUGAUGUCUGUAACUGAUUUGACAAAUGAUUUAUUGUGUUUAAGAGAGGUGAUCUAAAACGAAAGCAGACAGGCGGAAACUGGACAUUUCUUUCUGCGCUGAAACGUCACCAAAAGGGGGUGCAAUACCCUCACUCCUGCAUGUGGGGGAAGCUUUGGACUGACUGUCAUGUAAGAUGAGAAACUGUGUGUGACACUGACGAGCCAGCAGGGGGCACUGCAGCUCAGUUUCUGAAGCCUGUCACUUGGGAGUCACACAAUGGAAGUGGCAUCACUGGACUGUAACACCAUUAGUGUCUCUCUUCACAGCUCUCUCUAGACCCGAGAACACUUUGAGUUAGCAGAGCUGUGUUACUAAACUGGGAAUCCUUCCCACACAGAUGUAAUUGUGGUGCAGAAUUUGCACCCCUGCUUUAAGACUCUGGCGGCAGUCCCUGAGGUGAUCACAUGCCAGAAGUCUGAUUGCUUGCGCCAUGGUAAGUGCAAAGCGUGGUGACCCUUAUAAAAGUAAAAAGUGGGAAACCAACUAAAGAACUGUUAAAAACCUCUGUAAAUACAUGGAAACUGGGGGUGGGGG